GAGAAGAGAUGGACAGCGAUCUCCUGCUCAGUCGCUUCACCGCAGGGAGGAAAAGGAAGAGAGAGACGAAGGGCCAGGGCAAACGUUCUUCAUCCCACCACGAGGAGGGUCCUUCUCGAGAGCCGGUCGUAAUUACGGUGGAGGACCAAGAAGAUUCUACCCAGGAACAGGGUACCAUGGCUGGCCAGUCCCUUCCACACCCCGUGAUGCAGGGUGGCGACCUCGCUGGGUCGUCUCAGGACAUUGCCUUGGAGCGACCUCCAUCACCACCCGCAGUGACCUACGAGGUGGCGACCGGGGGUCGCUCGACGAGGCUCUGCAUCCCUCCCCUGCCCCAAAGCCUAGGGGACGUACAGCUGGAGACUCUUAUCACUCUGCCUGCAGAAGACCAGGCUCGUAUCUCGGCAGGCUCCGAGGACGACCUUGACAACAUGGUCCUUUUGAGGCUCAGUCAGGCUACGCUGGGGAUGAUUGAGAAGGUCAGCCGGAAACGGGGUCGCCAGGCCGCCGCGGACGAGGUGAUGAAAGCAGCCGAGGCCAAGCAGAAGGAGCUGCAGGAGGAGGUCGCCCGACUCACCAGGGAGUUGGAGGAGAAAGAAAAUCGCUGCGCGGCGCUUACCGUGGAGAAAGCUUUCCAGGAGAACCGCUGCGUCUCCCUUGAGGCAGACAAAGCCUCCUUGUCCUUGGAGGUAAAAUCUGUUUCUGCUCGAGUGGCCGAGCUGGAAGGGGAGAAAUCUGAUCUGAUCCAGUAGUUGGAGGUAGAGAGGAGCGAUCGGGUCCGCCAUGCAGAGGGAGCGGUAGAAUCCUUCAAGUCCUCUCCUGACUUCACGGUAGUCGCAAUGGAGCGGAUGGAAGAACUAACGGCCGCUUGGCUCAAAACUGAACCUGGGGCCCAAUGGAUGGUCAAGGAGGGAACCAAGUCCUUCAAUUGCGGACUCUUCCAUGCCCAACAGGUCUUCC